AAUAGAAAUGCUAUGAUUCUGUUCAAAGUGCUUACGAAAAUGGAAGUACCCGACGUUAAGCUAUAAAUGAGCCAACCACAAAGUGCCGCGAUUGCUACAGCUUCAGUUUUAUGGCGAUUCUGAAUGUCUUGGUCCCAAAUUAAAAGCUUUAAAUGACUCUAGCAUUGGGCCAAGAAUGGCAAGCCUGCGGCCAAGAUCGCCGCCAUGAAGCGUAGUUCAUUGCUGAUGCCAAAGACUGCGGCAGCGAACGUGGUUUUCGAAAGUGAAAAGGCCAGACAUGUGCUAACCCGGCCAAGAGACUGGAUUGCCACAUACAACCCGCUGACCCGCUUAUCUGUGCAACACUUGCUGAGCGGCAAUUAUUGCAAUUUUUGAUCUCCUCCUGGGGCAACCGAGUUGGCAUCUUAAACGCUCGAUAGGCAAAAGCCAUUAAACGAUUCCCGGAUAGGAGCCACUACUUUCAAACGGACACGGGUAGUACAGACUGCAAUUUAUAGCACUUGAUACGGUGAUUGCAUGUCCGACGACAGCCGCACUUGCUCGAGAAGAAUGUCCAGGUGGCUGGCGUUUCCCGGUUUCCCAAUUUGGAAAUGCCCGAAAAGUGCCUGGUGCUCCUUGGCUUGCUUGCAUGUUAGGCUUCUUUUCUGGGGACAACCAACCAGUUUGGAGCAGUCGGAGAUGUCAACAAUGCGAUAAUAAAAUCAAGGAGUGCAUGUGGACAUGGGCUUUGCCUUGAUGUUUCUGCUGGCCCUGUACCAGAUGCAGUCGGCCAUCCACAGCGAGAUCAUCGAUACGCCCAACUAUGCGGGCAACUCGUUGCAGGACACUGACUCCGAGGUGAGUUCUCCGCAGGAUAACGACCUGGUAGAUGCACUGCUCGGCAACGAUCAGACUGAGAGGGCGGAGCUGGAGUUCCGGCAUCCAAUAUCCGUGAUUGGCAUCGACUACUCGAAGAACGCAGUGGUUCUCCACUUCCAGAAACACGGCCGGAAACCGCGCUACAAGUACGAUCCCGAACUGGAGGCCAAGCGAAGGUCCGUGCAGGACAAUUUCAUGCACUUCGGAAAGAGGCAGGCGGAGCAGUUGCCUCCGGAGGGCAGCUAUGGCGGAUCGGAUGAACUGGAGGGCAUGUCCAAGCGGGCAGGCAUGGAUCGAUAUGGCCGAGAUCCCAAGCAGGACUUUAUGCGGUUCGGUCGGGAUCCGAAACAGGACUUCAUGAGGUUUGGCAGGGAUCCUAAGCAGGACUUCAUGAGAUUCGGUCGAGAUCCCAAGCAGGACUUCAUGAGAUUCGGUCGAGAUCCCAAGCAAGAUUUCAUGAGGUUUGGACGGACUCCGGCUGAGGACUUCAUGAGGUUUGGACGCACUCCGGCGGAGGACUUCAUGCGGUUCGGACGCUCCGACAAUUUCAUGCGCUUCGGACGCAGUCCGCAUGAGGAGCUUCGCAGUCCCAAACAGGAUUUCAUGCGAUUCGGUCGCCCGGAUAACUUCAUGCGCUUCGGGCGCUCUGCUCCGCAUGACUUUGUGCGAUCCGGGAAGAUGGACUCAAACUUCAUUCGCUUCGGUAAGAGCGUGAAGCCGGCGGUUCUCGAGUCCAAACAAACCAAGCCCAACCAAGGCAAUCCAGGCGAACGCAGUCCAGUGGACAAGGCCAUGACGGAGCUGUUCAAGAAACAGGAGCUGCAGGAUCAGCAGGUGAAGAGCAGCGGACAGGCGACCACCACGGAGGAUGGGAGUGUGGAACAGGAUCAGUUCUUCGGCCAGUGAAGAAGUCCUGCGGGAAGCCUCCUUGUAAAUAGAUAUUGACAAACGUACGCAAGGAUCGAAAUUGAUAUACGUAUACUCCCCUCCUAACACGAACUACUGACUAAUGGCUGAACUAUGAAUUUUUAAUGAAUGGGCUGGAUUAAAAAUUCACCGUGCUUUGAAGUUCUUAUCUAUAAAUAUACCUGGUGUAAUACUGAAGAAACUGAAAUUGGCGUGAAUAAAAUCGUUUGCCAACAUUUUAAAUAAAAAUUGCU